AUGUCGACCCCUGAAUCAUCUUCAUUCAUAGAGACGGCAGCCGGCGCCAUUACCGGUGCAACCGAGCAAGUAAACGCCGGCUCCAGCACUGACAAUGAUUCUCAUUCCCACACUUCUAUCGGACACCAGACCAACUUCGUCGACGAUAAUAAUCCUCAUACCAACUCAGUCGACGGUACCACUUCUCACGCCAACUCAGCCGAUAACAACAGUUCUCAUUCCAACUCAAACAUUGGCGAUACCGUCGAUUUAGUCGCCAAAAAUAAUGCUAGCAAUGACGGCAGUCUCACACCUAUCAGCAAUGACGGCGUUGUUUUCAUGCCGUACUCGGAAGCACAGAACCCAGAUUCGGUAAAGAGCUGCGAGCGAGAAGAGUUCAUAGAGUGUCUCGAAGACGGAGAUUUGGCCGUGGAGCAUUUCGUAAAGAUCAACAGCGCUCACUUCCACCGAUAUGCCGAUGAUACAACUAAGGUUGCGCCAGAGUCCACUCUACUCACUAUCCGUGCUGAUGGUGGCGAGUUCUUCAUUCACCGUGCCAUUACCAAGAAGUCCCACAUGUUGAACAGUGCCUUCGCUCACCGAAUGAAAGAAGGGCUUUCUGGCAUCAUCGAGUUCGAAGGUGACUACAAGGUCUGGAUGAUCGUGCUGCUGGCGAUGUACGGUGCCAAGCAGCUGCCACUUGGCUUCAUCAAGCACAACGCAGCCGUCUACGUUGUCAAAGCCCUAGAAAAAGCGGACUAUGUCCUUGCCGAAGAGAGCGCCAAGGAGAACGUGGCAUCCAUGCUCACUGCCCGGCUGGCCACUUUCAAGACCUGGAAAGAUCACCCACUAGAUGACUUGGAGUACACCGUCCAUGAGGACAGAGUGGCUGAGAUCAGUGAGGCAUUCGUGGCGUACAGGGACUGCGUCGCGACCUACAAACCCUUUGACCUAUUCGGCUUUGGCAUCCUUGUCCACACCUACUGCCCCAACCAGAUCUACCAACACUUUGAGGACCUUUGGGACGAUGCUCUGUUCCGCUACAUCUCCCGCGCCGGCAAGACGGGUCCGGGCGGCCCGCACCCCUCUGCGUCGGCCCUCAAGUUGUUCAUGGCGUUCUAA